UGAUGCCGUUUUGAUUAUUCAAAAUUUAAAUAAAAGAAUUAAUAGUUUCCAUCUCCAUCAUGUUUAGAUACUGGAGAUGCAGCAGCCCAGCCUGGUUAACGCAAAAGAAGAAAAACCCACUGAGAUUAUCAUCCUCUUCCACAGGCUAGGCAAUGACCUUACUGUCUCGUUCCAUCACUCUCACUCCUUUCCCCUCUUUUCUCUCUCCAAAACCCAGCUCGCCACGAAACCUAAUCUACUGCAAGAAUGACGAAAUGAACAGCUCAAGAAAGAAACCUUCUUAUGGCGCCUCCAGGCGCUCUGUUCUCAAGAAAAGCUUCACUCAGGAACAGGUGGACUUCACGGUUCCGAUUUCGACCGACCCCGUUGUUGGAAUUAUUGGUGGUGGUAUGUCGGGGCUUCUCUGUGCUCUCUAUCUCGACAAGAGAGGCAUUAAGUCCACUGUUUUUGACACGGGAAUUCAUGGGUUAGGAGGAAGAAUGGGAACCAGAACUGUUGAUCCUGAGCACUUAACAUUUGACCAUGCUGCCCAGUUCUUCACAGCUAGUGAUCCCAACUUUGUUGAGAUGGUUGACCUAUGGUCUAAGAAUGGUCUUGUUCGUCAGUGGGAUGGUCCAAUUGGAGAGCUCGAGUCCGGUGGGCGUUUCAGUCCACUUCCUCCUUCACCUCCAAGAUAUAUUGGUGUUAACGGGAUGCGCCCUCUUGCUGAAUCCAUACUUUCUGAGACAUCGAUAGUGAAUGUGGUGCGUCCUUGCUGGGUUAGUAAACUGGAGCCAUAUAAUGGGAAAUGGUACUUGAGCGAGAACGGGAAGCCUUGCGGACACUUUGAUGUAAUUGUAAUUGCACAUAAUGGAAAAUGUGCAAAUCGGUUGCUUGCUUCAUCUGGGUUACCACUAAUUGCUAGGCAAAUGAAGAGACUUGAUUUGAGUUCUAUAUGGGCCCUUAUGGCAGCAUUUGAGGACCCUCUUCCUGUCCCAUCCACUGCAUCAGAAAUCCCUCUUGAAGGAGCCUUUGUUGAAGGAAUCGAUUCUCUCUCAUGGAUGGCAAACAAUACAACUAAACUCUUUGGCUCCCAAACUAGUAGGCCUCACUGUUGGACCUUUUUGAGCACAGCCGCUUUCGGAAAGCAGAAUAAAGUUCCCCAGGAAAGUAUUCCUUCUAGUACAGCAGAAAAGGUUAAGAAAGCCAUGCUUGAAGGUGUUCAGCUUGCCUUAGGACUACCCAAAAACUCACUUCCAAAUCCUUUCUACAGUCGACUGCAAUUAUGGGGGGCAGCACUUCCCACAAAUUCACCGGGCAUUCCCUGCAUCUUUGAUCCUCGCGGAAGAGCUGGCAUAUGUGGUGAUUGGCUAUUGGGGUCAAGCUUAGAAGCUGCAGCAUUAAGUGGCAUGGCUCUUGCUAAUCAUAUUGCUGACUACUGCCAAAGUGGUGGAACAAGCCCAGAUGAGUUUGCCGUAGGUUUGCGCAAUGAAUUUCAACCACUUAAAGGACAUGAUAUAGGGCAGUUUCCUGGAUUGGGUUCUGAGAAACAAAUAAACAAGGCCCAUGAUUUGCAACUUACAACAUAAAUAAGCAUCUAGCUACAAAGAAUCAUUUGGAAAUACUCAAGGAUAAAGUGGUUUGCAACUGUGACAUUAGAGGACCAUCUCCCCUGCUAAGGAUACAUGUGUUUUUCAUGUUUCAGAAGGUGCACUUUUUUCUUUGCUUGUGGUUAUACAUUCUUGAAGUAUCGAUGCAAUAAUAUCGUUCUGGUUCUUUUGCAAAACACAGGCAUAGAAAAUAUAUUCGAACUGCUAUUCAUUUCGGAAAAAAGUAAUUACACAAAUCUGUGCAGACAUUGUGAAGGCAGCUUGAUUUUGGCGAUUGAAAGAAAGCGGUGUUGGAAGUGGAGGCACUUCCUUAUGGUGUGUGAGAGAAAUGUUGUAAUGUGAUUUAUAAACCAUUAUCAAUGCUGAUGGUCGUAGCUCAGUAGCUUUAUCCUAAUUUGUAGUUUAGUUUCCAUGAGGUGUUCAAAUAGGUAUGCCUUGGUAACAUAUGGGAUUAAUCCAUUAUAUGGAGCUUAUAAAAUCUUUCCUGGAGAGAGUAGAGAUAA